AUGACUGCCCAAGACCUGCCAGCACACGGCGUUCUGCCGUCCACAAACGGCACGUCGGCCUCACCUGCGCCUUCGACGUCACCCUCGCCGCCGCUCCACGUCGUCGUCGUCGGCGCUGGCAUCGGCGGCCUCCUCGCAGCCAUUGGCCUCCGCUUCGACGGCCACCGCGUCACCGUCCUCGACCAGGCGUCGUCCUUUGGCGAAGUCGGCGCCGGCAUGCGCAUCCCGCCCAACAGUUUCAAGCUGCUGCACCGCUGGGGCAUCGACCUCACGUACAUGAAGAAGACGUACUCCAACGGCAACCGCUUCCUGUGCUACGACGACGGCCGCGUCAUUGCGGACAUGCCGCACGGCAUCCCCGAGUGGGACUUUGGCGGCAGCUACCUCAUGGUCCACCGCGCCGACUACCACGCGGUCCUGCUGGUCAAGGCGCGCGAGCUGGGCGUCGACGUGCAGGCCAGCCGCCGCGUCGACGGCUACGACUGGGACGCGCCGGCUGCGAUUCUGAGCGACGGGACCGCCGUCCAGGGCGACCUCCUGGUGGUCGCCGACGGCGUGCAGUCCAAGGCCCGCGAGGCGUUCCAGGGCCACGCCCUGCCGCCCGUCGACACGGGCGACAUCUCGUACCGCGUGCUCGUGCCCGGCCAGGACAUGCUGUCGGACCCCGCCAUGCGCGACCUCGUGUCGCAGCCGUGGGUCUCGUCCUGGUGCGGGCCCGACGCCCACGUCAUUGGCUACCCCGUCCGCGGCGGCGAGAUCUACAACGUCGUCUUCUGCGUCAGCGAGGCCACCAUGCACGACCAGAAGCUCGCCGAGAACGAGACCAAGCUCGUCAUCGCCGACAACGCCGAGCUCGUCGAGCGCUUUGCCGCCUGGGAGCCGCGGGUGCGCACGCUGGCCGCCCUCGCCGGCAAAGGCUUCCUGAAGUGGCGCCUCUACGACCUCGACAUGGUCGACCACUGGGCCCACCCGUCCGGCAAGGCUGUCUUGCUCGGCGACGCCGCCCACCCCAUGCUGCCCUACAUGGCCUCGGGCGCCGCCAUGGCCUGCGAGGAUGCCGCCGUCCUGCGCACCGCGCUGCGAGGCGCGACACCCGCGACGCUCCGCGACGCCAUUUCGACCUACGAGCGCGUCCGCCAACCGCGCGCUUCGGCCCUGCAGCGAUGGGGCCGCCAGCUGCAGGCGUCCUACCAUCUGCCGGACGGACGGCAGCAGCAGGAACGAGACGCCGCUAUGGUCCAGGACAAUGACGCGAAUCCUAUUUACUGGGGCCAUGGUGCGCGUCGGGACUGGUUGUUUGGCUACGAUGCAGAGGGGGCGACCAAUGCAGCAGUACAAGCAGGAGCUGCGAAACAGUAG